UUGAAGGGAAAUAUCUGGGAACAAAUUCUGAGAAUACCCUUUCUCCUGGAAAUAAUUAAUGCUGUCCCUUUCAUCAUCACGAUUUUCUGGCCAGUCCUAAGAAACCUGUUUAUUCCUGUAUUUUUAAAUUGUUGGCUGGCAAAGCAUGCUUUAGAGAAUAUGAUUAAUGAUCUUCACAGAGCCAUCCAACGCACACAGUCUGCAAUGUUUAACCAAGUCCUCAUUUUAAUAUCUACCUUACUAUGUCUUAUCUUCACUUGUAUUUGUGGAAUUCAGCAUCUGGAACGAGCAGGAAACAGGUUGACUCUCUUUGACUCCCUUUAUUUCUGCAUAGUGACAUUUUCCACUGUGGGCUUUGGGGAUGUUACACCCAAGAUAUGGCCUUCAAAGCUGCUUGUUGUCAUUAUGAUCUGUGUUGCACUUGUGGUGUUGCCCAUACAGUUUGAACAGCUGGCAUAUUUGUGGAUGGAGAGGCAAAAGUCUGGUGGUAACUACAGUCGACACAGAGCUCAGACUGAAAAACAUGUUGUGCUGUGUGUUAGCUCUCUGAAGAUUGACUUACUUAUGGAUUUCUUAAAUGAAUUCUAUGCUCAUCCCAGAUUGCAGGACUAUUAUGUUGUUAUUUUGUGUCCUACUGAGGUGGAUGCUCAGGUCCGAAGGGUGUUACAAAUCCCAAUGUGGUCCCAAAGAGUCAUCUAUCUGCAAGGCUCAGCACUAAAAGAUCAAGACCUGUUGAGAGCUAAAAUGGAUGAUGCUGAAGCUUGUUUCAUUCUGAGUAGCCGCUGUGAGGUGGACCGGACAGCAGCUGUAAGUUUUGAAGAAAUAACUAAGAAUGCGUAUGCAUGCUGUUUAUACCGUACUGCUCUUAUUCCCUCUCAGGGACUGAGACUAUUUCUGUGA